GUCGCUGUUUAGUAAUCGCUGAAGUCGCCGGUUUCAGAGUUUCAGAACCCCGCAAAGAAACCGCUUCUUAAUUUACGUUACAAUAUUUUUUACAUUUCAUAAAAAUUUUGUUUGAAUAAUUUCAAUUUGUGUUAUUUAACUAAGUGAAUGUGAUAACUUUGUAACUAUCAUAAUAAUAUGAUGUAAAUUAUAAAUAGAUUAAAAGUGGAACAGAAAUAAAAAGAUAAUGUAUCCAUUCGAAGCUUCAUAAUACAUCUAAAAAACUAUAAUUUUCUUCAAAAUGGACAAUAUAACCGAUAUAACUCCAAUAAACAACAUCACAACCCCGGCUACCUUCAGAUACUGCAGGUUAGACCAAUUCAGUAAUGGAUAUAGAGAGCUACACGGUUUCCUCAGUAUUCUCGUUUGCGUGCCUGGAUCGAUAGCAAACGUAUUAAAUAUUUUCAUAUUGACAUCAAGAGAAAUGAGAAGCCCAACGAAUUUUAUAUUAACCGGAUUAGCAUUGGCCGACCUAAUGCUUAUGUUGGAAUACGUGCCAUACUCAGUACACGUUUAUUUCGAUCCGUUAAAUCGUAAAAGGAUCAGUUAUUUUACAUAUCAAGCUGCCGUAUUUAUGUUUUUCCACGCCCUGUUCAGUCAAAUCUGCCACUUUAUCUCUUGUUGCUUAACGUUAAUACUGGCAAUAUGGAGAUAUAUCGCUAUAACGUACGUUCAAAACACAAACAUAUGGUGUGGUCCGAAGAGAACGAUGUGGGCGAUUGCGUUAACUUAUAUUUUUUGUCCAAUUAUAUGCUUCCCCAUAUUUUUAAAUUUAACAGUAGUACCCAAGUCUCGACGUGCGUUUGAAAACGGCACACUUGUUGAUGACAAUAUAAAGAUGUCUUUUGAAAAUUGUACUUUAUAUAAUACGACAAUUUAUCAUUUAGGAUAUAGUCAAAAUGUAAUAUAUAACAAAAUAAUGUUUUGGGUGUACGGCGUAGUGCUGAAACUCAUUCCAUGUAUUUUAUUGACGAUUUUUUCGCAUCAAUUAAUAAAAGCCGUUAUUGCUGCAAAGAAGCGACGAUACAAUCUUUUGAGCAACAAAGGAAUAAAGUUGGAAAAAAUAAACGGCAAAGCCAUCGUAGCUAGUAAUCAAAGAUUUUUAGAAAAAGAACAGCAAACGGAUAGAACGACGAGGAUGUUAUUAGCUGUACUACUUUUAUUUCUUAUCCCGGAAUUUCCUCAAGCGAUAUUGGGACUAGUAAGUGGGAUACUUGAUAAAUUUGACGAAGAAUGCCAUAGACCUUUAGGUGACCUGUUGGAUAUUUUUGCUUUAACUAAUUCAGCAAUCAAUUUUAUCCUGUACUGUUCAAUGUCGUCGCAAUUCAGGGCGGCGUUUCAAAAGUUAUUGCACAGUUGGCGACCGCAAGGUGAAAACAGAAAACCCAACGAAAAAGUGUUAACUACGGUAACUCACGUGUGAUUCGAAUACGACAUAUUACAGGCUCAACGACGAGGACUAUAAUCUGUUAUAAAAAGAACUUUCAAAUUUUACAAACGGGUGGUUUAAAAGAUUAAAAUUUAUAUGGGAUACUGAGCUUUGGGAAGAUUGAAAAAGUUAUUUUCUUGUUCAAUUAAAAUGAAAGGAAACGAGAAAAACCCCGAGCGAAGAUAAAAAUUUUAAAUUAAUUAAAUAAAAAUUGUCGUUUCUGUAUGCAUGUUAAAUGUUGAGAAAAUAAAUUUUGAAAACUCUAAAAUUAAAUAAAAACUGUUUUAA